AUGUCAAGGCGCUGAUCCGGAGGGGGAGUCUCACGCCUGCGCAUUUCCGCACAGAGAGAGCGGACAGGCUGACAGACGGAUGCCGGGAGGGCCGGAGCCGCAGGGCGGCCCCAAGCGGGUAACAGGAGACGAGGGGGCGGCUAUGGAGGAAGAGGUGGUCGUGGGGGGCUCCUCCCGCAGGAGAAAGGCGGAGUGUCCACGGCGGAGGCGGAGUCGCCGUGAGCUGCCGGAGGAGGAGGAGUCUCUUCAUGUGGGUGGAGAUGGCUACAUGGAUGAAGAAAUAGUGAUUGAUAAAGAACCCAAGUGUGAGGUUGAGGAUGAGGAAUUGGUGGUACAAGACAUGGAACCCACAAUAUUGAUCCAAGACCCUCAUUUGGAUGAUGAGGAAGGCUGCCAUAUUGUGAGGGGAGGUGUUCUACGCAGCUCCCGCAUGAGGCAUCCUCCUGCCUUGCAACUCAUCUGCAAAACUGAACCAGAACAAGAUCAACUGGUGUAUGAAAUCAGUGAAGAACCUGCAACUUUUGUACCUGCAAUCAGUGAGGAGGAAGAUGUGAUGAUAAGCGAGGAAGAAGUUCCAUUUAAGGAUGAUCCCCGGGAUGAAACCUACAGACCACAGAUAGACAGUGAGGAUGAGGAAGAAGAGUUAAGUGAUGACGAGGCUGCAUAUAAGGAUGACCCAAAAGAUAAAACCUACAGACCUCAAGUGAACAGAGAGCCUUCUCGGCCAAGACGCAGAACCCCGCGUGUUAAAGAGGAAGUAACACCUGUUGAGGUGAAGCUGGAAGUGAAGGAGGAAGGUCAAGUUCAGGAGGAGGAAACCCCUAGAAAGAGAGGUCGCAGACGCAAGGAUGAUAAAAGCCCCAGGCCACCUAAGAGGCGGUAUAGCAACGAUUCAAAAAGAUCCCAAAGAGUUAUACCGUUGGAAAGGAAGAAGCCCCCUAUACAGUAUGUGCGCUGUGAGAUGGAGGGAUGUGGUACAGUACUUGCCCACCCCAGAUACUUACAGCACCAUAUUAAAUAUCAGCACCUUUUAAAAAAGAAAUAUGUAUGUCCACACCCAUCCUGUGGGAGACUCUUUCGUCUGCAGAAGCAGCUCUUGCGCCAUGCAAAGCACCAUACAGAUCAGCGAGAUUACAUUUGUGAAUAUUGCGCCCGGGCAUUUAAGAGUUCUCACAAUCUGGCUGUUCAUCGUAUGAUCCACACAGGCGAGAAACCAUUACAAUGUGAGUUCUGUGGUUUCACCUGCAGACAGAAAGCCUCCCUAAAUUGGCACAUGAAGAAACAUGACGCUGAUUCUUUUUACCAAUUCUCCUGCGGGAUCUGUGGGAAGAAAUUUGAAAAGAAGGACAGUGUUGUGGCCCACAAGGCCAAAAGUCACCCAGAGGUUCUUAUAGCAGAGGCCCUAGCAGCAAAUGCUGGUGCCCUCAUCACUUCUCCUGAACUGCUGGUACCAGAGACCCCAGUGGCCCCUGAGGAGCCUGCAUCUCCCCAAGAUUUCUACUCCAAUGCCGGUUCCCAGAUUUUAGUAGAAUGUCCAGUCCAGUCAGCAGAAGGACUGGUAGCUACCACAGAGGUUCUAAUAGAGGAUUCAGACUCUGCUGGACCUUAGAUGGGGAGGAACUUGUUUUCUCCACAACACCAGGACUGCCUCCUCUCGUCUUUCCCAGCUGGCUGGCUGUCUUACUGCUCCAUUGCAGGGCUCUUUUCUGUCUUUUUGGUAAUUCCUAAGCACUUUCUAAUGACUGACAUAUUCACCUUCCUCUUUAAUAUAUUUAAUUCUUUAUGCUCUGUUUGAUCUCUCUGCGCCUCCUUUUUUAUUUUUGUCUUUUCAUCCUUCUGUACUCUUCCAUGUUUGAUUCCCCUCUCCCUCCCUUUUCUUGGGUGCUCACUUGGCACUCACUGUAUAUAUUAUGUUUAAAGAAUAAAAUGGAGCUGUUCUAUCUCA